AUGAGUCAUCUUCGUGAGCCGGAAGAUGACGAAGACACUCUUAAGCAAGAAAAGUGCCCACCACAGAGUGCUCAGUCACUUUUCGAGCAUUUGCCUCUGGAUCUCAAGACGCCUUCCAUCCGACUAGUGCGUAUCCUCCCAGAGCCGUCUUCCGAAGGACAUAUUCAACUGGAAAUUCGUCAUGUCUCAACUCAGAGCACCUAUGUCUGUCUUUCAUACGUAUGGGGUGGAGAAGAAAACCCCCGCUGGGUCAGACUAGGCGGACGACUCUUCCAGGUCCGUCAGAACUUGCAUGCCUUUCUGGCAUCAGCAAGUAAGAAGCCGCAUAUUUGCAGUGAAUGGCUAUGGAUUGAUGCGCUGUGUAUCGAUCAGUCAAACAAUUCUGAACGGUCACAUCAAGUCCAGCAGAUGGCGAACAUAUUCAGUAAUGCAAUCAAAGUCAUCUCCUGGUUUGGUGACGACCAAGUAAUCGCACAUUACCUUAGCUUGAGCUUCCCUCCCCUCAAAUUAAACAGGCUUUAUUUCAUCGAAGAAGACCGGAGUAAAUGGGGUUCCUUUGAAUGGCGUUUUCUGGAAAGUGACUAUUGGAGACGCGCUUGGAUUACCCAAGAAGUCAGUCUGGCGCGCCGCGUUACCUUCAUGGCAGGCAGAGAACAGAUCGACCGUUGGCAGCCGCCAGAAGACGUCCUAGGGUUUUGGAUGAACAAACCGGAGUCCGCUCAAAACAUUGCGGCGUCCCCCGAAAAUAACUCGCACCAAUGGAGGGGCAGGAGUCUCAUUUACCUUCUGGAACUCUUCUCUAAAAAGAAGUGUCAGAAUCGCUUCGAUCGCAUCUUUUCCUUAUUGGGCUUGUGCGGCGAGGGUUCAGACCUUGAGGUUGACUACGGUAUCUCGCGUCACGACCUGGCCAAAAGAGUCUUGCAAGCAUGCAGCAGCUCCUUCUGCCUCUGCGCCGUCCGCCUGCUCGAAGGGGUGCUAAACCUAGCAGAAGCGAAUACAGCAGUGAUAGAAAAGCAGCUAUUCGCGACACACUCCUUGUCACUACCCUUGGACUUCGUGGAGUACCAGGAUCCUAUGGCAGCUCGAAUAGAUAUGGACAUACUCUGCCUGUCAUUUCCGGGUGAAAUCAUUGUGAAAAUCUCGCGGGGAAUCUGCUAUCGCGUGCACGAUAUAGACGACGGGUUUAUACUGUAUUACAACGAAUGUAAUAUCGUAAUAGACUCCCAGAUCCUACAUUACAAAUCACAGGAUAUAGCAUGGGGCGACUCGGUAAGCUACGACCGAGACGCAGAAACAUGGGACAUUACGUUCUCCUUUGCAGCACUUGUCGAACUAGCACGUCUAGGUGAAAUGAAGCCUCUUUGCACACGAGGUAGUGGUGCAACCGCCGCUUCCGUGGAAACUGGCUACGAACCUCUACGCAUGUCUUCAGGCAGUGAUCUGUAUACAGAUGCUCCUGAUCUCAGCCUUCCGAUUCCUGACAACCCGCCCCAGCCGUCACCUGAAUAUCUGCGCAGCUUCGAAGUGCGGCCGUAUGUUAACAAUGAUGGUCUACCUCGGUACUGUGGAGUUUUCGUGUAUGAUCGGGAAGAUAGCGAGGAUGCAGCAUAG